UUUAAUCAGUUGCAAUUCACCUGUGCGAACGUCACAUCGUUAUCAAUUUGCAUUCGCCGCUCGAUCUUAAUUCGUUAUUGUGCGCGGCCCGAGUGAUUGUUCGUAUAUUGUGAAUUAUAGAUUGUUGUUAUAGCAAAGAUGGGAAGUCAACAGAGCGCUGUUGCGGAACUUACAGCCGACAUUCUGAACGAAUACGCGGAACUAACGUACUUAAACAAAGCCGAAAUCAUCGAAUUAUUCAAGAACUGGAUAGAUAUCAUGGAAUUGGUAAACAACAGAGAUCCUGUGUUUGCUGCUCGAAUUCCCUUUGAUAUUAUUGCUAGUUUCUAUCUUCAAUUGCAGCAUAAUCCGUUUAAAGAUCGUCUUUGUAAAGUUUUCUCCACGGGUAUGGAUGGCUGCUUUUCGUUCGAGGACCUCUUGGAUCUGUUUUCUGUCAUGUCGCAUGCGUGCCCAAACAACGUGAAGGCAAAUUGGGCCUUUCACAUAUUCGAUUUCGACGAGGAUAAUGGCGUGGGCGUCGAAGACAUCAUGGAAAUCGCCCAUCGUCUAACGACGGGUCAUUGCGACAAUUAUCCAGAUUUCCAGUUGGAUGAUAACACGAAACGAUCAAUUGCGCAGACUUUGUUGAGCCAAUUGGAUUUGGAAUCAAGUGGGAAGAUUAGUGUAUUGGCAUUUGCACACGGCAUUGGUAAAAUGGCAAAUUUUGGGAGCCUGUUUUCAUUUAGAGUAUAAUUAAACCACAAUUAACUUUAUUAAAUGUCAAAAAAUAUGCUUAUUUAUUUAAAUUCCAAAGUAUAGUAGCAAUAUUAACAAAAAUAUAUUUUGCAGAAAUAUACCGUAUUUAUUACUAA